AGUCAUAUGUUCCGGAUGGAAACUACAAUUGUUGAUGAUGUCAAACAUUCUUCAAAAAGAAAGAUAGUUCCAGCUAAAGUGACUGAUUGGGUGGAGCCUUCUUUUACUGAUUUUCGUAAGAAUACAAAAUCAUCUUCUAGCAUUCCUCCUAGCAAUUCACCUACAGAUACUAACCAUCAUCAGAAGAGAAAAGAGCAUUUAUCUUUGCUAGACAGUGGUAAGAGUGGGAGAAAAAAAGGAAAGUUGCCUUCUACCGCUGAACAAUAUCAACUCUCCAAACAAAACUGCAUUGAAACUGAAGCAUGGGUUGAUAAAUACAAACCAACAUCUCAGAAUGAGCUUGCUAUUCACAAGAAGAAAAUUGAAGAAGUAGAAACCUGGUUUAAAACUCAAGUAUGGCAAAGACAGCCGAAACAGGGCGGCUCUAUUUUAUUAUUAACUGGUCCUCCAGGCUGUGGAAAGUCUACAACUAUGGAAAUAUUAUCCAAGGACCUUGGCAUUCAGGUGCAGGAAUGGAUAAAUCCUAUAUCGCUAGACUUCAAGAAAGAUGAUUUCCAAGAUGCUCUGAGCCAUGAAAAGGACUUUCAGAUACUUCCUUAUCAGAGCCAGAUCACCCUCUUUCAAGAGUUUCUGUUAAGAGCAAACAAAUAUACCAAGCUUCAGAUGGUUGGAGAAUCCAUGGAAACUGACAAGAGACUUAUUCUUGUGGAAGAUAUUCCAAACCAUUUUUAUCGUGAUCCUAGCAGCUUACAUGAAAUUUUGAGGAGGUUUUUGCGGACAGGCAGAUGCCCUCUUGUGUUUAUAAUAUCGGAUGGCUUCAGCGGAGCCAGCAACCAGAGGUCCUUAUUCCCUAAGGAGAUUCAGGAAGAGCUCCAUAUAGCUACAGUUAGUUUUAACCCAGUGGCUCCAACAAUAAUGAUGAAAGUUCUAAAUCGAAUAGCUGCAGCAGAGGCUGAUACGAGUGGAGAAAAGAGUGGUGUCCCUGACAAAGCCUCAUUAGAACUGAUUUGCAAAGGAUGCUCAGGUGACGUUAGGAGUGCAAUAAAUAGUCUUCAGUUUUCUUCUUGGAAAGAGUAUUCGUCAGAGAACAACUUGUGGUCACACAGAAAGGGGAAUUCUACAUUAAAAUGUGAUACAUUAUCUAAAGUGAAAAAGAAAAAGAAAUAUGGUAUUCCUUUGGAAAGCCAGGCAGUACAAGCUGUUGGUGGCAAAGAUGCUUCUAUCUUUCUUUUCCAUGCUUUGGGGAAAAUACUUUACUGCAAAAGAGAACCAGCAACAGAAUUGGACUUUCCUCGCCUACCUGUUCAUUUAUCAGAAUAUGAACGAGAUCCCUUGCUUGUUCAACCUGAGGACGUCAUAGAAAAGUCACACAUGCUUGGAGACUUAUUUAAUUUAUACCUUCACCAAAACUAUGUAGACUUUUUCUCAGAUAUAGAUGAUCUUGUGAGAGCCAGUGAAUACUUGAGUGCUGCUGAUUUCCUUUGCAGUAACUGGGAUGCACGACCUAUACUUCGAGAAUAUAGCGCGUCUGUGGCCACAAGGGGCAUGAUGCAUUCAAACAGAGCCAGAACCUCUGCACAGAACAAAGGAGGAAUGGGCUUUCGGCCCCUCCAUAAACCACAGUGGUUCCUAAUUAAUAAAAAGUAUCAAGAAAACUGUGCUGCUGCAAAAUUCCUCUUUUCAGGGUUCUGUUUACCACCACUCUGUCUUCAGACCCAGCUAUUACCUUACCUUGCUAUGCUGACAAAUCCUAUGAGAAACCAAGCUCAGAUUACUUUUAUUCAAGAUGUUGGAAGGCUUCCUUUAAAGAAACACUUUCGAAGGUUGAAGCUUGAAACUCUUACUGAUAAAGAUUCUGCAAUACAAGUUCUGGAUAGUGAUGAUGAAAGGGAUUUUGCUGACAUGCAACCCACAGAUGUGUUCAUCCAAAUGAAGAAAAACAAAACUGGUGAAGAUAAUGAACUAGAUGAAUUCCCUCUUUCCUCCAGUCAGUCUAAUGCAAAUGAACUGCCCAGCAGCCAACCUCAGCCAAUAGCAGCCCAAGCAAUCAUGGAGGAAGACGAGCUAAACAUUGAGGAAUAUUAUAGUGACUGAAUGUUGGAAAAUGGCAACCCCAAAGCUGUGAUAGUUCUUAACAUUAUUAUUUUUGUUCUAAUAUUUUUAUAAGAAUGCUUUUCAAAACAGACUACAAAUGCUGUUGAUAAUGUCACUUAUCACAACUUCACACCGUUACUGAUUUGUCAUGAGUUCACAUUAAUUAUUUCACAGGGUUACAACUAAUAUGGAGGAUAACAGGAUGUUGGGCUUCUCCAGUUCUCUUUAAUUUUACAUCAUAGAACCAUAACUUAUGUAUAAUUCAAAAUUUUUCCUCCCUGCCCAUAAAGUGGUGUGGAAAUAAAUAUUAUGGGCAAAUGCAUUUAUUUAGGGUUUGUAUACCACUUAUUUUAUCAUAUACAAUGUCAAAAGUUAGCAUUUCACAUGUUAAGUCCAAACCUGAGACUUUCACAUGUUAAGACAAAACAUCUAAGUUGUGAAUUGUGUACUAUUUAAUAUGUAAAUAAACCUAUGAAUGCCGUGUUAUUAAAUAGUAUUCUUAGAUGUGUUUAAACAAAGCCAUGUACAGUAUAUUUUAAUUUGACUGAGAUAUAUUUUGUUAAUUUAUCCAAGAGAAUUAAAGUAUUUUAGUCUUUGUACAAUAUCAAUGAA